AGCUUUGGAACGCUCAGCUGCUUGUGAAGCCAUGGUGAACAAGUCUCUGAAGAAAGCCAAGCAGGGCGGAAAGAUCGUCCAGGGCGAAAACGAUUCGACGAUGCCCAAGUCGCCGAAGUCUCCCAAGGCAUCGCCUAAGGUCACGCCGGUCACAGAGGACGCCCCAAAGCCGGCAAAUGAGGCUAAGGCGAAGGGAAAAGAGAAGGCAAAGAAGGGGACACCUCCGAAUCCACCAAAGCAAGGAAAGGCUGAACCGCGACCUCCACCCACCGAAAAGGAGAGGGCAGAAGCAACCAAGAAAGCCAUUGCGCUCAUCAAAGAAGGCCUGCUGACGAACCCCAAGGAGCAAGAGAAAGGGAAUCCUUACAUUCCGGACGGCUGGGCCAAAGAGUGGAAGCCACUCCUGGGGAGCUAUCGCAAGUUCGUUGAGACCUGCUCUUGCUUCCGCAUCGAGCAGGGCAUGCAGCCGGCCAUGUACACCAUUCACUUGGUGGAUGGUGCAACCGACACCCAGAAGGCCUUCUGGGAGAUCUCUCUGGAAAAGGCCUGGCAGCUUUUCUCCAAGAACCACGAGGCGCGGCGGAUGAGCCGCGAGGCUUUGGGCACAGCGAGCCUUUGCCAUCUGGACUCGACCAAGUUCGUGGCUGCUGCCAAGGCUAUGACUCAGAAGCCCGUGCCCGCCGAGAAGCCGGCGGGUGAAAAGCGAAAGGCAGAGGCUGAGGCCAAGACGCCUUCCAAGAAGAAGGCCAAGGCCGCAAAGAAAGGCAAAAAGGCGGCAGGCGAGGAUGAGGAAUGAGCCCCAAGGAUGCUGAAACUGAGAGGUUCCGCGAAAGACUCAUUUUUGGCCGAAUGAUUUAUACUAUAAAGUGCGUUGAAGACGCACGGCGCGAGAGGAAGAUAGCAACUGAAAGC